AUGGCUUGGGGGAUGCUGAGCCUCAGAAGAUGGAUCGGCCUGAAGUAUCUCCAAAAGAAAAAGGAUGCCGAGAAGGCCUGGCAAGAUCAGGCAAAGGAGAUAAAGGCGGGCACAAGGAAGCACCUUUUCGACGAGCUCCAGGACAGAGGUUUCGUUAAGGACGUUGUAGGCACCAACGACCAUAUACGUGAGACAAUGAGACGGAAACGAAUUAGUGCCUACGCGGGCGUGGACCCUACCGCCAGCUCCCUCCAUCUUGGCCACCUCUUGCCAUUUAUGCCGCUAUUCUGGAUGUACAUGCACGGCUACGGUGCUUUCACUCUCAUCGGAGGCACAACCGCUCGAGUAGGAGAUCCCACAGGCAGGACCGACAGCCGUCCGCAGUUGGCAAGGAAAGAUCUCAUCCAGAACCUCGCGACUAUCCAUUACCAACUUGUCACGAUAUGGAAGCAUGUCGAAAUGGCAGCGGCGAGGUUUGGAUUCGAGAAAAAUUGGGCUUGGCGUCGUGGCAUCGUCAACAACAAUGCCUGGUGGCUCAAGCUGCCGAUGAUAGACGUGAUGAAACGCUUGGGAACCCAGAUGAGGAUGGGACCCUUGCUGUCACGCGACAGCGUGAAGAAUCGGCUGCAAGACGGCUCGGGGAUGUCGUUUGCCGAGUUCUGUUACCCGAUGAUGCAAGCCUGGGAUUGGUACGAGCUGCUCAAGCAGCAGGGCGUCCAGAUGCAGAUUGGGGGCUCAGAUCAGUAUGGGAACAUUCUCACAGGCUCCGCCUGUGUCAAAGCUUGUGUCGAAAACGAACCCGCUGAGGCUGAAAGGCUUCCCAACGGCGAAUUUGACCAGCCCAUCGGUUUCACAGUGCCGCUCCUUACCGACUCCUCCGGAGUCAAAUUUGGAAAGAGUGCUGGCAAUGCCCUCUGGCUCGACCCUUUCAAGACCACGCCAUAUGACCUUUACGGCUACCUGGUCAGGCGCCGAGACGACCAAGUGGAAAGUCUCCUGAAGCUCUUCACAUUCCACCCUCUUAGCAAGAUAACAGAGGUGAUGCACGAGCACCAAGCCAAUCCGCCAAAGCGAGUUGCCCAACACCUCUUGGCUUACGAGGUCGUCUGGCUGGUUCACGGGCACAAGGUCGCGAGGGAGACCCAGGCACAGCAUCAAGCCAUCUAUGGCGGCAAUCUGUCGCCGCAGGCUCCUGAGGGCUUGGCCCAAGACCCUUCGCAGUACGCGGUAGAUCCUGAACAGACAAAUCAUAGUAACAGGCCCCGGAUAGACGUGAAGCUGCCGCGGCAUGUCCUUGGGCUCUCACUCGCACGAAUUGCCCGCGCGGCAGGUCUCGCACAGAGUGUUUCCGAUGCCGACAGGAUCAUCAAGAAUGGGGGCUUGUAUAUCGGCGGUUCUCCGGGCCAGAAAGGCACCAGCAACGUGGGCAUGAGAUAUGACCAGUUGCAAUUCACCCCCGCCAAGACGUGGGAUAUCGAACAGAACAAGAAUUUCCUCGUUGAAGAUCAAAUUCUUCUCUUACGCAAGGGCAAGCACAAUAUCCGCUGCAUCGAAUUCAUAGCCGACGAGGAAUGGGAUAGACUGGGUCUGGAGUAUCCGGGCCAACCUCAUACCGGUAAAUUUCGCAAAGCUAUGCAGCGACUUAAUGGCAUGGCCAAAACGGGGAGUGAAGAUGCUGAAGUCGCUGGGCUCGUGGAAAGUGAGGACAGUGCAGAAGCUGGAGAAACUCGAGCAGGUAAUGAGGAAGACUCGAAGCAGACGGGGAACUAG